AUGCCUGAAUUAACAAUGAAAGAUAUAUUUAACCAAUGUCAGAAAGGACUACAACAUCACAACAAGAUGUUGAAAGUGAUGAGAACUAUGUAUUCUAUGAUGGAAUUUGAUAGUUUUUGGAAGGAAUUUCUCCAUCUAAUGAAGUUUUCUAUGGUGGUGUAUAAACGAGAGGCAGCCGUUGAGAGGACUAUAGAGUUUAUAUGUAAAUUUGUAUCAGCACCUGAUAUACCUAAACCUUCAAGUCAAGGGAAUAAUGAAACAGUAGUUGAUGAAGAUGACAUAGAAGAUAAUCCAUUAUUGAUUAAAACAUUUGAAUUUUUAUUGGAUUAUCAUAGUGCUUGUGAUAGAGGUGUAAGAUUUCGCUGUUGUCAGAUGAUAAAUAAGUUGUUAAAUAAUCUAUCUCAAGAUGCUCAAAUAGAUGAUGAGUUAUAUGAUCGUAUUUAUAGCUGUAUGUUAGAAAGAAUGAGAGAUAAAAUUCAUGUAGUAAGAAAACAUUCUGUAUUAGCUAUAUCCAGAUUACAAGAUCCUACUGAUGAUAACUGUCCUGUUAUAAAAGCUUAUUUGUAUUUGAUGUCUUGUGAUCCCAAUCCUGAUGUGAGAAGAGCUGUUUUAGGAGUUAUUGCCCCUUCUACUAGAACUCUUGCACAUAUACUGGAGAGAACACGAGAUGUGAAUGAAAGUGUAAGACAAGUAGCUUAUUGUGUUCUAGCUGAGAAAAUCCAUAUUAAAUCUUUGACUAUAGCUCAGAGACUACAGUUAUUACAUGAAGGCCUAAAUGACCGUGCUGCUAGUGUACGUGAUAUCUGCUCUAAGAAAGUAUUACAAGCAUGGUUACGAUCAUUCAGUGGUAAUAUAUUGGAUUUGUUGAAGAGUUUAGAUGUGAAUUCUACUGAGAUCUGUGAGCAAGUGCUCAAUACAAUGUUUCAACAGUCACAAGUUGCUGAUCUAGUUUCCAACUUUAACUUAUUGGAUGACAGUUAUAUGGUUGUAAUAGAAGAGUUAGAUUGUGAAAGUUCUAUGUAUUGGAGAAUGUUAUUGAAAUAUAUACAGUCUAAGGGUAAUGAAUAUGAAGAAAUAUUAGAAACUAUUAUACCCAAUUGUUUAUUAUAUGCUAAUUAUCUACGCAAGUAUUUAGAAGAUAAUAUGGAUUGUGAUGAUAUAGAGAAACAGUUAGAAAUAGAGUUUGUUUUACAACAAUUAUUAAUCUUAAUAGAUAGUAUGGAUUUAGCUGAUCAAGCAGGCAGGAAAGCUCUAGAGAAGAUAUUACAUGAUAUGUUAGUAUGUGAAACUAUUGGUUCUGGACUAGUUAAACAUAUUCUACCACGACUAGAAACUAUUACAACUACCUCAGAAUCACUCGUUAACUACCUAGCUGAAACUAUCUCUGAAAUUAAAGAACCUAUAACUAUUGUAGAGAAGGGUAUUAAUAAAGAUCAACAACGACAAAUAGACUUAAAGAUUGCUAGUAUUAGAGUGAAAUUAAAUCAAUUAAGAGAAGAAAUGGACGAUUGUGUACAGAAACAGGAGUUUGUUAAGGCAGCUGAAUUAAAAGGUGUUAUUGGUGAAUUAGAUGUAGAAAAAUUACAACUACUGGACUCAGCUAGACCUGAACAAGAAGAAGUUAGAACUGAAAAGAAUGAUCCAGCUACAUUGCUCAAAUGUUUAACUAUAAUUAGUGAAAUGUUAAAAAUAUUACCAUUAAAAACAUUAUCAUCUACUGUACAAAUGAUGUUAGAGGCCCAGAUAAUACCUGGUAUUCAGAGUGAGUAUGAAAGUGUUAGAAAUGAGGCUGUUGCAGCAUUAGGGUUAUGUUGUCAUUUAAAACAAGAUUUAGUUUUGAUCUAUUUACCAUUAUUUAUGCAGGUAUCUCAAGUUGAUACAGUAGAAGUACGUACUAGUGCCUUGACCUGCUUAUUUGAUUUAGUACACAUGUAUGGUAUUGAUAUAUUAAAAGAUACCGAAACUACUAUAACAACUACUAAAGAUACUACAGUUUCUAUUGAUACUACUAUUGAGGCCUUCGAUACUACUCAACAAAAUGAAAGUACUAAUGAUUUGACUGUAGAACCUGAACCUCAACAACAAUCUGAAGCUAUUAAUGUUGCUGCCAAACUGGUAGCUAUAUUGAGUGCUUUUCUUGAUAGUGAGAGUGUUGAAUUAAGAACUGUAGCAGCUGAAGGUUUAGCUAAAUUAAUGUUAUCAGGUCGAUUAGUAUCAUCUAAAAUACUAUCUCAUCUAAUAUUAUUAUGGUGUAAUCCUGUAACAGAAGAUGAUCAUCAUCUACGACAAUGUCUUGGAGCUUUCUUUCCUAUCUUCUCUUUUGCUGCUAGGGUAAAUCAAGAAAUAAUGGAGGAAUCAUUUAUGCAGACAUUAAACACAUUGAUGAAUGCCCCAACAUCCAGUCCUUUAUCUGAUGUAGACAUUUGUAAAGUAUCUGAUAUACUAGUACAGUUAAUAAACACUAAAAGACUGGUUGUUCAUGUGAAUACUGAUUCUUCAAAAUUGGACAAUCCUGGUCAUGAUAAUAUUUGUAUUAAAAUUUGUAAUGAAAUACUCACCAAUUCAGAUUCAUUUAAUUUGAAAUUUUGGAUACGUAUAUUAAACCAAUUAGAUAUAAGUCAAGAUAAUGAACAGAAUAUUAAAACAGUUAUUGGUUUAUGUGAAGAAAUGUUAGAGGUAAGCUUAUUUUUAAAUCUUAUCUUAUGUUGA